AUGACUUCAGUCGCCAAGGUGUACUACAGCCAGACCACCCAGACAGAGAGCCGGCCGCUCAUGGGCCCAGGGCUGCGCCGGCGCCGGGUGCUGACCAAGGAUGGCCGGAGCAACGUGCGCAUGGAGCACAUAGCCGACAAGCGCUUCCUCUACCUCAAGGACCUCUGGACCACCUUCAUCGACAUGCAGUGGCGCUACAAGCUGCUCCUGUUCUCGGCCACCUUCGCGGGCACCUGGUUUCUCUUCGGGGUGGUGUGGUACCUGGUGGCCGUGGCCCACGGAGACCUGCUGGAGCUGGGCCCUCCCGCCAACCACACGCCGUGCGUGGUGCAGGUACACACGCUCACAGGGGCCUUCCUCUUCUCCCUCGAGUCGCAGACCACCAUCGGCUACGGGUUCCGCUAUAUUAGCGAGGAGUGUCCCCUGGCUAUUGUCCUCCUCAUCGCCCAGCUGGUGCUCACCACCAUCCUGGAGAUCUUUAUCACGGGGACCUUCUUGGCCAAAAUCGCCCGGCCUAAGAAGAGGGCUGAGACCAUCCGCUUCAGCCAGCAUGCGGUGGUGGCCACCCACGACGGCAAGCCCUGCCUCAUGAUCCGCGUGGCCAACAUGCGCAAGAGUCUCCUCAUUGGCUGCCAGGUGACAGGUAAGCUGCUGCAGACCCAUUUAACCAAGGAGGGGGAGAGCAUCCGGCUCAAUCAGGUCAACGUGGCCUUCCAGGUGGACACAGCCUCUGACAGCCCAUUCCUCAUCCUCCCCCUUACCUUCUACCAUGUGGUGGACGAAUCCAGCCCCCUGCGGGACCUGCCCCUUCGCAGCGGGGAGGGGGACUUUGAGCUGGUGCUGAUCCUCAGUGGGACGGUGGAAUCAACCAGUGCCACGUGCCAGGUGCGCACGUCCUACCUGCCGGAGGAGAUCCUCUGGGGCUACGAGUUCACCCCUGCCAUCUCCCUCUCAGCCAGUGGCAAGUAUGUGGCUGACUUCAGUCUGUUUGACCAGGUUGUGAAAGUGACCCCUCCUGGUGGCCUCCGAGAUACCACCGUCCGUUAUGGGGACCCCGAAAAGCUCAAGCUAGAGGAGUCAUUCAGGGAACAGGAAGGGAAGGAGGGCAGUGCCCUCAGUGUACGAAUUAGCAACGUCUGACUGCUUUGACUCCCACUUCCCUCGCCCCUUUCGGCCAGAGGAGAUUUUCUCUGGUUCUACCCUACCCCCAUCUCAUGCCUGUUCUCUCUCCCAGCUCCACGGGGUAUCCUACCCAGGCUCAUUGGAGAGAGCCUCAGGAUCACCCUUUUCCUAAUCCCAUCUCCCUCCACCCAGUGGCCUGUAAUUUGUCUAGGCCAGCCUGA